AUGGCACCGGUUUACGCAGACCACCCCUUCCCUGUAAUACCAACCCCCGUCUUCCUCGCCAAAAGCAAGAAUGAAGAGCCCGACAUGUUUGACGAGCUCGCCUCCGAGAUGGUCCACGUGCACAACAUGAUGAUCCGCGGCCUCAACUCCAUCUACCUCCAAGCACCACACAUCAAGUCGGCCGACGAGAAGGGCUUCUGCAAGUACAUCCUGCUCUGGCACGAGCUCCUACACGGCCACCACAGCGGCGAGGAAGCCCUGUUCUUCCCCGAGGUCGAGAAGUUGACGGGCGUCAAGGGCAUCAUGGAGACCAACGUCGAGCAGCACAAGGCCUUCCACGACGGCAUCGGCCGCUUCAAGGCCUACGCCCAGUCCGUGAUUGCCGGCGGGCAAAAAUACGAGGGAUCCAAGGUCGUGGCCAUGAUCAACGAGUUUGGCCCUGCCCUGAUUCAACAUCUCACCGACGAGAUCCCCACCGUGCUCGGUCUCCGGCAGUACGGCAAGGACAGGCUGGCCGGCUUGCCCAAGGUGUUUGACCAGGAAGGCGAGCAGGCUAUGAAAGAACUCGGCCUCGCGGGCAUGGUCUUCUGCUUCGCCAACCUCGACAUGCAGUACGAGAACGCCAUGUGGCAGAGCUGGCCGCCCGCGCCCCCGCCCGUCAAGGUGCUGUGCCGGUCCGUCUUCUGGUGGUUAAACCCGGAUGCCAGGAAGUUUGGUGCCGUCGACAGGAUGGGCAAAAUGCAGCCUCUGUAUGCCGUGCCCGAGAGCUCUUGA